ACCCUGGAGAAGCCCCCCGCCCACCACCUGCACGCCCCGCCCCUGCCCCUCUCCCAUUCGCUGGGCCAGCAGUCCGGCGGUGCCGAGGACCCCCACCCUUUCAAGUUCAAGCUGCAGCCGCCCCCGCUCGGGCGCAAGCAGAGGGAGGCGGGAAGCUCGCCGCCUUCCUCCUCCUCUUCCUCCACCCAGCCCCCGUCUUUCUCAGGUUCGAUCCCGGGAGGACCCCCAAAGAUCAAGGUGGAGCCCGUCUCAGACAUGUCCGAGGAAGACGUGGAGGUGACGGACAUUAGCGAGGAAGACGAGUUCAACCAGAACGACCAGGAGGAUGAAGAUGGGAUCUUCAGCAGCCGUCAUCAUCAUCAUCAGCAGCAGCAGCAGCUGAACGGAAGCAGCAGCGCCUCUGCUCCUCCUCACCUCCACCCCGAUGAAGAUCCCGACGACGACGAAGAGGUCUUCAAGACGCCCGCCACUCCUCCUGGCAACGGCGGUCCGGCGUUCCCCCUGAAGGCGGAGCCGGGCCAGGCGGCGCCGGUCAGCCCCGGAGGAACCCGCUGCAUACCGCUCAAGCUCCGCUUCAAACGCCGCUGGAGCGAGGACCAGAAGAUGGAGGCAGACGGAGAGAGGGACGAGGCGGAGGACAAGAAGGUCCGAGCCGAGAGGGAGGAGGAGGAGGAGGAGG